CGAGCAAGAAAAACAUCUCUCCCCUUCUCUCCUCUCCUCUCCUCUACAAUCUCUUACCUUAGUCGUCUUCGUAGGCACAUCUGUGAUAAAAAUAUCGACUUCCAUAUCUCGACCUGUUUCAGGAAUCUGUGACCCAGGACCGGAACGUUAAACGUCUCCUCCGCUUUCAUGCCGGAAAGAACUUGAGGUGCUACUUCCGUUUCCGGUUGCCUCCAGCUGGAAGGUUGAAUAUUUGAGUGUCCUGAGAGGUCAGGUUGGUGUCAGGCAUGGCCCAUGGACAUGGACAUGAGCAUGGUCAUAGUAAAUUGGAACUUCCAGAUUAUAAACAGUGGAAAAUAGAAGGGACUCCAUUAGAAAAUGUCCAGAAGAAGCUGGCUUUACGAGGGCUAAAGGAUCCAUGGGGCCGCAAUGAAGCUUGGAGAUACAUGGGUGGCUUUACAAACAAUUUUUCCUUUAUUGGUUUAUUACUAAAAGGAUUCAAAUGGGGAUUUGCUGCAUUUGUGGUAGCUGCAGGGGCUGAAUAUUACUUGGAGUCUCAACAAAAAGAUAAGAAGCACCACUGAAGAUAGUGCCUGAAAAUAUGUUAUAACUUCUUAACUCUGUCAUAAAACAAGAUUUCUUCAUUUUUGCCUACUAUGUGUGUUUGUCCCUUAAAGACUACUAAUAUGGUUUAAUAAAGAAAGAAAAGCAU